GCAGACUUUGAAAAUGCAUUACUUGGCAGCGUGUGCAUUACUUACAGCCGUCUAUUCUUUGCCAACUUCUUAUCUUAAACAAGGUCCAGAUUGCUCAUUGUCUACAAGCCAGAAAUGUGCGGAUAUUGUCAUUCCAAUUAUUUUGGGAAUUGACGAUUUGAAACAAUUAUCUGAACUUUGUGAUCAAUAUUAUGAGUGUAGCAUCACUGAAAAACGAUGUUCUGGACUAUUUCCACCUCUGAUGAAAUUCGACUCUUUUUGCUCCGAGUUACAAGAUAGACACACGAGGAGACGAAGGACUACUCGUUUGCGACCAUGGGGAACUACACUUUCUCCACCUCCACCAUCAGAAGAGCCCCGACCACCGGGAACAACACUUUCUCCACCUCCACCGUCGGAAGAGCCACGACCAUCGGGAACUACACUUGCUCCACCUCCACCCUCUGCAGAGCCGCGACCACCAGGAACUACACUUUCUCCACCUCCACCCUCUAAAGAACCGCGACCACCGGGAACUACACUUUCUCCACCUCCACCCUCGGAAGAACCACAACCACCGGGAACUACACUUUCUCCACCUCCUGGAACAGAAGGACCACGAAGAAAAUAUAUCUUGGACUGCCUUUUUAAAUUGUUUUUUUGA